UAUUUAAUGAUAUUAUGUAAAGAAGCUACAGUAUAAAAUGAUCGACACAUGCUCGGUUUGGUUUAUUUUAGAGUUAUAUUUCUUUUGUUCGUUCCUUGCCUUCACAGUCAACGUUCCACGUCAUCAGAAGAAACCAGAAAUUUAAAACAACCAUAAUGAACGAGUUGAAGCCAUUACUGCGCGUGAAGCCGAGGACGUACGCCCGCCGCUGGUGGGUCCUCAUCUACGUCAGUUUAGCAUAUAUAUUUAUCACGCUCGGCUGGAAUUCUUGGGGCCCGAUAAGUCAGUCGGUUGAGUAUGGUUUCGGCUGGGACGACUCCAUCAUAGCAGACAUCUUGAAUGUUGGAAAAAUUGGAGUAAUCGGCAGUAUCAUCCCGCUGAGUUACUUAGUGGAUACGAAAGGAAUUCGUCUAGUUAUGAUAGUCAGCACCACUCUUACACUGAUGGGAUAUGUGAUACGCUGUUUUAUUGACCAGUCAACUUCAACGUGGCUAGCGCUGCUGGGACAGUUUGUUAUCGGAAGUGGAAUGGGAAUCACAUUUGGAGGGCCAGCCGCCAUGUCCGUUGCAUGGUUCCCGCCGAAAGAGCGUACCUCAGCCACAUCUAUUGCAGUCAUGAGUACAUAUCUUGGCUAUGGGAUCGCCUAUGUCAUCCAUCCUCUGUUCGUGUCAACGCCCGUAUUUGGUGCAGAGAUGUUCUCGCAUCGAAAUCAAAAUGAACUCGCGAACUAUACCGAUCAUGACCUUAGUCUUGCCGCUAACUCGACCAAUGUUAGUACGGCUAAUGUUGUUUUGAACAAAGAUAUCAUAAAGGAGGAAACAAUGACACUGAUAUACAUAGAGACGGUGAUUGCAGCUGCAUUUGUGGUAGUAACCGUGGCUCUAGUCCCACAAGCGCCGCCUACGCCACCUUCAAAUAGUGCCAACGCAAUCAGGAUGGGAUACACCAAAGUAUUGUUACACGUCAUAAGGAAUGGAUUCCUGUGUCUGCUCCUCCUUUUCACUGGGGUGUUGGUAGGCAUGUAUUCCACGUGGAUUUCCAUAUUUGAAAUAACGUUCGGUCACCUCGGUGUCUCCCAGAAAGAAGCUGGGUGGCUCGGGUUCGCUAGCCUCAUAGCAAGCAGUGUUGUUGGAUUUACAUGUGCACGGUUUUCUGACGUCUGCGCUCGGAAGUUGAAGACAAUUCUGAUGGUGAUGUUGGUUAUUUCAAGUUUGAUGUUCCUGUGGGUUUCCUUGUUGUGUAGCCAGUAUAUCGAAUAUAGUAGAGAACAACUGUACGUGUCGACUAUGCUCGGCUGUGCUUUCCUUAACGGCUGUGUGCCAUUACUGUAUGAACAGAUAUGCAACGCCGCCUUCCCUAUCCCAGAAGGAAUCAUUGUUGGAAUAUCUGCCCUUGUAGCAACACUUGCCGGCAUUUUGUAUAUCUUACCACUCUCCCUGAUCGAAUUUGAAGAUAAUUCGUGGCUGGAAUGGUCAUUACUAGUGUUAUGUGUGGUCGGGUGUAUUGUCAUACUAAUCACCCCUCAGAGGAACGGACGGGCAGACCUUGACGUGUCGGUCCGUGUCACUAAGUUCGCUCAUUAUGAAAGACUCGGAACAGAUCAGCCAGACUUACAUGUGUCACAGAACCAAGUUCCAGAAAACGCUUGAUAUCUUGUAUGGUAUACGACAGACGAUUUCUAAGUGACAAAAUAAGUAACAACGUUUAGGAGCAAGCCUUCUAAUGAGAGCCAGUUACAAUUUUGUGAAGCAAUUAAUUUUUGAACUGAAAAUAAGAAGAAUAUGAACUGCUGAUUGUGAAUCAGGAAUACAUCGAACUCCGCUCUGUAUAAUAUUUCGGGCUGUUUUGAAAUCUAGUUAUAUCAACUUCUCGUUUUUUAUCGUUCCUUUAUGCGUAAUUUGUUAUUACAGGAUCUGUUGCACACUACAUGUAUAUAUACUUUUACGUAUUGUCUUGUACAUCUCUGCAGGAAAUGUAUUAACCUUUAUUUUUAUUUAUGUUAACUCAUUUUAUCUCUCCAUCACAUCUCAAAUAUAUGUAUUACAUGAUUCUAUUUUGAAAUGGUUUGUACAAAUGGAUAUAAAAGAAUGUUCUUUACAUGUAUAUUGUUAUGUUAAUAAUUUCUUAUCUAUAAAUAGAUUAACAAAUGUAUCAACUAUUUAUAGUUAUCUUCCUUUUUUAUUUGUGUUUGGAAAGUUAUACAUGCACACCAU